AUGAAAGAGAUACAGAGAAACCCUAUGUGUGAAGAAUUAUAUGAACAUGAAGAAAUUAUUUUGAGAUCUGCGGAUUGGAAGGCAGCAAGAGCUCAUUUAGAUUAUGGAAUUGUGUAUCAAGGAAGAGUUGAAGGAUCCAAUGGUGGUGGUUUGUUGAUUCGGUUUUAUUCUCUCGUUGGGUUUCUUCCAUGUCCACUAUUGAGCCCAUCUCAUUCUUGCAAAGAACCGGACAAGCCCAUACAAGAGAUAGCAAAAGCUUUAGCUGGUUCUCUCAUUUCUGUGAAGGUGAUUCAUGCUGAAGAGGAGAAGAGGAAACUGAUAUUUUCUGAAAAAGAAGCUGCUUGGUCAAAAUAUUCCAAUUUUGUAAAAAUUGGAAACAUAUAUCAAGCCAAAGUUGGCUCGGUGGAAGACUACGGUGCCUUUGCUCACUUGCAGUUCCCAGACGUGUCUUAUCAUCUAACUGGGCUUGUACAUGUGUCGGAGGUGUCAUGGGAUUUAGUCCAAGAUGUUAGAGAUAUUCUGAACGAGGGUGAAGAUGUGAAGGUCAAAGUCAUCGGUGUUGAUAGGAAUAAAUCAAGAAUUACAUUGUCAAUAAAGCAACUGGAGGAAGAUCCACUACUGGAAACUUUGGAAAAAGUCAUUCCUCAGGAUGAUUCGAGUAAUUCUAGUUCAGAUGGCACCACCGAUUAUGUCAUUGAGCCACUUUCAGGGCUCGAAACGAUACUUGAAGAGCUACUUCGAGAAGAGGGGAUAAUUGACGUGAAAGUAACACGUCAAGGAUUUGAGAAACGUGUGGUAUCACAAGAUCUGCAGCUUUGUUUGUCCAAUGCACCACCUAAUGGAAACCAGUUCACUCUCCUUGCUCGAGCCGGAAGACAGGCACAGGAAAUACAGCUGGUAACUUCACUUGAUCAAGAUGGGAUAAAAACCGCAUUACAGAGACUCCUGGAACGAGUUCCAUGAGUCGAAUUAUUGUCUUAUGUUCUUGAUAUAUAAGAUGUUGUAUCAAUUCCCAAGACCAAUGAAAGCUUCAGACUUCUCUAUGAUACCAAAGGUAGAUUCAGGCUGCACUCAAUCAGGGAUGAGGAGUCAAAGGUUUGUAAGUUUUUUCCUGACAAUCUUAGUUUGGUUUAGUUACAUUUAAGUUUUUUCAAAAGUGAAAUUAGUUAUUUGUUACCGUGCUUUGAGAUUAAAUCUUGACAUUCAGCUUCUGUUUUUUCAUGCUAUUUUUUCAGUGUUGUUUCUGUUUGAUUUUAAAAGUUAUUAAGGCUAAUGUUGUAAUGCUGUCUGAUUAAAGUUAGAGAACUUGACUACCUCUCUUGUGGCA